GUCGACUCGCUGCAAUGGGGGCUCUGAGCCAGCACAGUAUGCAGGACUGGCUGAUGACCAAUCCGUUGAAGAGGAAGUGGGUUCCCGUUGCCGUUGGCCAUGGAGACCAGGAAUACAUCCCUAACCUCGACAUGCUCCAAUCCGAGCCCUUAGAAGAAUACCUCCAACCAGAAGUUCUGGAACCCUCAGAACCUCCCACCGAACCCGAACCAAAACGCCAGAAAGGCGUCCGACCAAACAAAUACCACUGCACCUUCGAAAGCUGCGACAAAUCUUACAACCGCCCCUGUCGUCUCCAAGAACACCUCCGCUCCCACACCGGCGACCGUCCCUUCAGCUGUGACUGGCCCGGCUGCGACAAAACCUUCUUACGUGACGCACACCUCCAAGUCCACCGCCGCUCCCACACAAAAGACAAACCCUUCAAAUGUCCGCACGAAGGGUGCGACUCGUCUUUUGCGCUAAACCAACACUUGAAGCGACACCUCAUGACACACGAAGCACCGAAGCCUUAUAAAUGCACAGAGUACCCACCAUGCGAGGUGAGCUUCGCCAAGAACUUUCAAUUGAGGAAACAUGUUGCGGAGGUGCAUACGCAUAAACAUCCCUUCCUAUGUCCGCACGCACCGGGAUGUCCUGCGUCUUUCCCGACCCGCUCAAAACUCAACGCACACAUCGCCCGCGCACACUCCCCCCUCCCCCAAUACUUCUGCGCUCACCCCUCUUGCCCCGCCUCUUCCGAGGGAUUUAAGAGUUGGUCCGCGCUGCAGAAACAUGUCAAGGAAGAACAUGUUCCAACGUGUCACUACGAAGGUUGUGGGAGGUCAUUCGCGAGUCGGAAACAGUUGAAUGCGCAUCUUGUUACGCAUGAGACGAGUGUGGAGGAGAGGAGGAGGUUUGCCUGUACCGUCGAAGGAUGUAACAAGCGCUUCACACGGGCUUUCGCACUCGAUAAACACGUCCGGACCGUCCACGAAGACGAACGGCCAUUCGUCUGUUCCCAUCCCGGCUGCACCGAAGCAUACGGUCAUAAACGUCUCCUCCAACGUCACAUCAAACGCGUCCACGAACACGAACACGAUCCAGACCCGACACCGUCACCCAAGGGCAAGCAGAAAUCGAAGGAUAAGCAGGGCCUUGUGGGACAGUUGACUGGAGCGGGGUAUGUGGAGACGAGGAAGAUUGGGUGUGUUGUUGAGGGAUGUGAGUUUAGGUUUUUGAGGGUGUAUGAUUUGAGGAGGCAUGUUGGGAGUGUGCAUCCGGGGGUUGUGAUGGAGGGUGAUGAUGACGAGCUGGAGCUGGAUGAGGAUGAGGAUGAGGACGAGGAUGAGGAUGAGGCGGAGCCUGAGUUGCCUGACGAUGAUGAGGAUGAGGAUGAGGAAGAGUUUUUGGAAGACAUGGAGGAAGGCGAAGAGGAGAUUUAAAGUGAUCAUUCUUGGGUUUCUGGAGACCAUAUUCUUUUCGUUUUUGGGUGCAUCUAAUGCUGGCCAUUGACAUCAUUCACCAUAUC